AAACAAAACAAUAACAAAAGGCCUGGGGCGACCAGUGGCACUGUUUCACCUUAUGCAGAUCUCAACUUUAACCACUCUCUCUCAUGAGACCUGGUCUUGCUGCAGCUGGAGAACUCAGGUGACCCCUGGCUGGACUUCUCCAACCCCCAACCUCUCCACUACUUUGAGUGUGUUUACUUCCUGGUUGUUACCAUGUCAACGGUGGGCUAUGGUGACGUGGAGUUGAGGACGACCCUGGGACGCCUCUUCGUCAUCAUCUUCAUUUUUAUUGGACUGGGUCUGUUUGCCAACUUUGUCCCAGAGGUGGUUCAGAUCAUCAUCAACAGGAAGAGGUUUGAUGGAAGCUUCACGGGUGUCUCAGGCAAGACCCAUGUGGUGGUGUGUGGUCACAUCACUCUGAGCAGCGCCUCUGCCUUCAUGAAAGAUUUUCUACAUGAGGACAGGGGAGAGGUCGACGUCAAGGUGCUCUUCCUGGGAAACUUCCGUCCUAACCAGGAGCUGGAGGCUUUCUUCCUGAGGUGGUUCCUGAAGGUCACCUUCUACCAGGGCUCAGUGAUGCAGAGGAGAGACAUGGAGAGAGUUAAGAUGCAUAAAGCAGGAGCUUGCCUGAUCAUCUGUGACAGGUUCACCUCAGACCAGCAUAAGGAGGACGCUGCCAAUCUCAUGAGGGUGAUCUCCAUCAAACAGUAUUGUCCCAACACCAGGAUUAUAGUUCAGAUGCUGAAGCACAACAGUAAGGCGUUCCUGCAGAACGUGCCUAACUGGGACUGGAGUCGAGGUGAUGCAGUGAUCUGCCUGGCAGAGCUCAAACUGGGUUUCAUGUCUCAGAGCUGCCUGGUGCCUGGCCUCUCCACGCUGUUGACCAACCUGUUCACCAUGCAGAGUGAGAUUGAGCAGGACGGAGACACCUGGCAGAACCUGUACAGAGAGGGCCUCUACAAUGAGAUCUACACAGAGCACCUGUCCCCCUCCUUCAUAGGGAUGUCCUUUGCUCAGGCCAGCAAGUCAGUUUGUCAGUCUGCUACAGAGAGACAUAUCAGUGUUCUAUUACUACAAACAAACAUGAUCUCUCUCUAUCUGCCUGCCUGUGUGCAUGUCUGCCUGCCUGUCUGCUUGUGUGCCUGUCUGCUUGUGUGCCUGCCUGUCUGCUUGUGUGCCUGUCUGCCUGUCUGUGUGUCAGGCUAUGUUUCCUGAAGCUGAGGUUGCUGUUGAUUGGGAUUGAGUAUCAGAGCGGAGACCAAGAUUUCAAGUAAGUAACUUGUAGCAGUAGUAGUAUUUGUAUUAAUUAAGGAUCCCCACUCUUCCUGUAGUAGUAGCAGUAGUAUUUGUAUUUAUUAAGGAUCUCCACUCUUCCUGUAGUAGUAGUAGUAGUAGCAGCAGCAGACAUAGCAUAGUAGUAGUAGUAUUGGUCAUUAUUAAGGAUCCCCACUCUUCCUGUAGUAGCAGGAGCAGUAGAAGUAGUAGUAGUUUCAGUAGCAGCAGUAGUAUUUGUAUUAAUUAAGGAUCCCCACUCUUCCUGUAGUAGUA